AUGCAUCCGAGGUAUGUAGUUGCACUUGUUCUUGUGUCAGAGUGGUUAAGGCUGACUUGGAGGAUUUAAAAUUGGACAUGACAAUUUUAGAAUCGCGAUUAAAACGAAAAUAGGGCGGUUAGAAUAAUUAUGAUUUCAAAAAUGAGUCUGGACAAUCCUUACUGGCUCGCAAUUCACUUGGUUGAAUAACCCUUGAAGAACGCAGAGCACAAAUGAAAGCCAGACUUAUGUACAAAUUGCAAAUGUUCGCUCCUUGGCUUCUAAGAUUGACGAAUUGACGAUAGUAGCUCAUGUUAACGAUGUUGACUUUAUUUGCUUAACAGAAUCUUGGCUAUCGCAAUCUAUCCCUGACUCUGCUUUGUCCUUGUCUAAUUUUAUCGUGUUUAGGAACGAUAUCGAUCGUGCAGUAGCUUCUGGUGGGGGUGUAUGCGUUUGCAUCAGGUCUUCUAUUAAAUGUAGGAGAAUUAAAGAAUUUGUAAACCCUUUAGUUGAAUCCCUAUGGUUAUCUGUGAGACCAAGAUAUCUGCCCGUCAUACUCCUAGCACCUAUUUAUCAUACCACGUCAUCAGGCGCUCUAGAAAACUCUGAAUUAUAUAAUCAUAUUCAAUCUAAUGUAGACUCUGUCGUUACCCUGAUGCAGUUGUCAUCGUUACGGGAGAUUUCAACCCUACAAGUAUUGGGUUUAAUGAUAAACACCUGAAACGAAUUUCUGGACUGACACAGAUAAUUAAUGUUCCAACACGACAAAAUUCUAUUUUAGACUGGUGUUUAGUUAAUGUGAAAGCCCUUGCGUACACGUGUUCCCAACUCCCUCCAGUUGGUUCAAGUGACCAUAAUGUAAUCCUAAUCAAGCCAUAUCUUCAUCGCAAACAAAAACCUAAUAAUAGUCGUCAGUGGAAAAGAGAUUUAAGGGAUAGCAGGGUAAGAUCUUUUGGUGAAUGGAUUACCAACUAUGACUGGUUAGAAGUUUUUGAAACAUCUGACUCUGCAUUGAAAUUCCAAAAAUUUAUCGAAACUAUGUUGUUAAUGGUUGAUUCCUUUUUUCCAAUUAAGUUAACGAGAAUUCGGCAGUCGGAAUGCUAUUAGAAAACGUCAAAACGCUUUGCAUAAACAUGGAAAAUCUUCACAAGUUUAUAAAUUCUGGCGAGGCAAAGUUCAGCGUGAUGUCAAAGCAGCUCGAAGUAAGUUUUAUUCUCAUUCAGUUAUACAAUUAAAGAAUACAAAUCCAUGUACAUGGUGGAGAGAAAUCAAAACAUUGGGUGGUCUCUCAUCUCAAGAUUGUUGGUACCACCAAUUACUAUCCGAAGUGAAUCCAACUUGCUCGGAACUUGCGGAGUCUUACAAUAAUUUUCUUGUUGCCGGUCUCACUUCGCACUUUCAACCUUUGGAUCACAAGUUUCACAACGACACUGGCGAGCUGAUGGAAGUACCUGACCGCUGUCUUGUUGAUACUGGUAAAGUUUAUUCAACUUUACGCCAUAUUAAAGUUACUAAGUCGCCAGGUCCUGAUAAUAUUCCCAACAAGAUUUUGAAGACCUUUGCAUUCGAACUUGCACCUGUUGUUACUGACAUCUACAAUGCUUCAAUGGUACAAGGAAAUUUCCCACAACAAUUAAAGUGUGCCUUUGUCAUACCCAUCCCUAAAGUAUCUCCUCCAGGAUCCAUCGAGGACAAUUUACGACCAAUAUCUCUCACGUCCCAGACUGGUAAAGCCGGUGAUGGAAGGUUUUACGUUGGAUUCGUUGCUAGGUGA